GCUUUGUAGAUUUGCAAAUGGCAGAACGGUUGCUAUUGAUAGCUGAUGAUAGAUGACCUAUUUUUGUCAUGAUGAACAAGCAGAAGGCACAACCCAUGCGGGGAAAGUUUUAUAACAAUACAAACAAACCUUUCAACACCACAGUGCAAUUGUCAGUGAGUGUUCUUUGUGUACUCAUAUUUCUAUUGUUUGCAGUAAGCUCCACAAGACAGAAGUUCAACGACUCAAGGUGUCAAAUAAAAGUGCCAGGUACAUUUUCAGGAAUGCGACGUUAUUUUUGCCUGCUGCACCUUUAAAUAACAAGAACGUCCGUCUGCUUUGCGAUGUUUCAUAGGUGACGCGCGUUCUCGCUCGGUGUUGUGCGCGCUCACGGAUGGUUUAUGUGAGCGAUAUGGACGUGUGGAAGCGCAGUUUCAUUCACACUUUGGAGCUACAGAAUGAUUCAUUUUUCGCCGAGAAGCCGAGCGAAACAACUUUUCUGAUUUACUGAGGAAACUGGAUUGACUCUACAGCACCUUUAGCCUCACAUCAACGCAACUGAAGGAAUUCAAAGAACAUUUUCAUUAUAACAAUUCACGAACAUGUCUCUCUGAACGGGAGCAGCUGGAGGCACGCAGGUCUGAAAGAAUGGCCUGCUCUAGAUCGGGCUGGACAAGGGCCCAGCUCUAAGAUGACUGGCCCCUGGUACCUGUCUCAGUGAUGAAGAGCACCUCCACCAUCUUCCUCCUCACUCUGGCUGUCUUGUGCAGAGCUGAGAGAGUGAGUGGGAAGACGGUGAAGGACACAGUGCAGGAAUGGAACAGGUAUCGGAGCGAGUGCAUCUUGAAGAUAAGCUCACAACCAACCCCCUCCGGUUUGUUUUGCAAAAGCAUGUUUGAUAUGUACGCUUGUUGGACAGAUGGAGUUCCCAACACAACAGUGAAAGUGCCCUGCCCCUGGUAUCUGCCCUGGCAUGAUCAAGUUCGUAAUGGGUUUGUGUCGCGGGAAUGUGGUCCAGAUGGCCAGUGGCUCACUGUCAACCACAGCAGCACAUGGAGAGACCACUCACAGUGCAAUGCAGAUGGCAGACAGCAGAUAGCACAGGAGAAUCAGAUGAUGGUCUUGGCCUACUUCAGGGUGAUGUACACAGUUGGCUACUCUUUGUCCCUGGCCAGCCUGUCUUUAGCACUCAUCAUACUUCUCAUAUUUAGAAAGCUUCGCUGCACACGCAACUACAUCCACACCAACCUGUUUGCCUCAUUCAUCCUGCGAGCCGUGUCUAUCCUCACAAGAGACGCGCUGCUCAUGAAAGAUGCUCCCGAGUUCAGGGACAACAAAGAUGUUUCCAUCGUUCUGAGUGACCAGGUGAUGUCAGGCUGCCGUGUGGCUCAGGUCCUGAUGCAGUACUGUGUCGGCGCCAACUACUACUGGCUUCUGGUGGAAGGUUUAUAUCUCCACAACCUGCUGGUGCUGAUGGUCUUCUCAGAGAACAGUUACAUUUGUGUAUACUUCUUCAUCGGCUGGGGAACGCCUGUGCUCUUUGUGGUGCCUUGGAUAAUUGUUCGUUACUUGUAUGAAAACACAAGGUGCUGGGAGAUCAAUGAAAAUAUGGCAUAUUGGUGGAUCAUCCGAACGCCAAUUCUUUUGGCUAUUUUAGUGAACUUUUUCAUAUUUAUACGGAUUAUUCUGAUCCUCAUCUCCAAAUUAAAAGCACAUCAGAUGAGAUAUACAGAUUAUAAAUUUAGAUUAGCCAAGUCCACACUGACCCUCAUUCCCCUGUUAGGGAUUCAUGAGGUGGUUUUUGCAGUGAUGACAGAGGAACAGACUGAAGGAGUACUUCGCAAUGUCAACCUGUUCUUUGAACUCUUCUUCAAUUCUUUUCAGGGUUUUCUGGUGGCCAUAUUAUACUGCUUUGUCAAUAAAGAGGUACAGUCGGAAAUCAAAAAGAAAUGGCAGCGAUGGAAACUGGGAAUAAGUAUUUUGGAUGACCAGCGUAACACAGGUAGCAACACUCAGCCAGUAGGAACCGGUCCUCAAUGUCACCAUGACCCGGCCUGCUCUCCCGAAUGCCCCCUGGACAGUGGCAGCCAGCUGUCCUCAGAUCCAACACCCUCCAUCCAACACCACUACCAUCCUGGAGCAAAGAAAGGCAAGGCGUACUGCUAUAUAUCUGCCCGAAAGCAGGUCGUCAAUGGGUUGGAUGUGCCAGCUUUACCGCAGUGUGGUGGAGAAGGAGCAGGCAUGUAUUCCGAGAGCUACUGCUGAACAUGACUUGGUCUUUUUAUUAUUGAAAGGAUAUUCCCACAUCACAUUAUUCAUGUUACGUCUGGCAACCCUUUUUUUUUUUUGUCUUUGAUAUUUACCACUAUACCUCAUUUUGGACACCAGAUUCAUUUUGUUAUGUGCCAACAUUAUGGAUCAGUGUGUACAUUACCACAAAUUUGAACUUAUAUUUAAGUGCAUGUAGAUUAUUUGUUGGACGCUCACAGGUAAGGCACGCAAACAUCAUAUUGCCUGCAAAAUCAACUAAAUAAUCAGCAGUACAAGUAUUUUGCCUUUUUCACCCCACAUCCAUAAAUGGUCAAAGAUUUGGAGUCAGUAAGAUAUAACAAUAAUAACAAAACAGAUUACAUUGUUACAGAAAAAAAACUAAAUCAAAGAAAUACUUUUUUUAUUUAAAAAAAACAAACAUUUUUUAUGAGUGCCAAAUCGGCAUAUUAGAAAGAAUUUUUAAAGGAUCAUGUGACAAAAAAAUUCAGUAAUGACUAAAAAUGAUCAGCUUUUUGCCAUUACAUGAGAGAAAAUAACUAAUAUCCCUUCAAGCACCAAUAGCUUUCUCCAAAAAAUUAAAAGUGACUUUUUUCAUCAAUAGAACAUUAAGGAGAAGUUUAAGUUGAAACUGUGAUCCUUGCUGACUGAUAAAAAAAUAAAUACUUUGAGACUCAAAACCAGUGGCUCCUGUUAAUAAAAUUAGAGGCACAAUGUAAUUUUUUUCUAUUAGAAAAAAAUGUGUAGUUUGAUGACCCUGUGUCUGAGUGUGGAAUCAUGGGGGUUGUGGUCUUUAUUACAUCCUACAGCACUCGUGAAUAAAUCAUGUUUAUUGGUGAGCUAAA